AUGUCUCUCCACGAGAAAACAGACAGUGACGACCCCAGUCCCAGCGCCGUUCCCAACCCCAACCCCAACCCACUGGGCCUGGACGAGGCCGAGCUCGCGUGCCUCGCCCGCCAGAUCGAUCUUCCCGCGAGCACGGCCGGCUACGGAGCAAUCUAUCGCUAUGCGGACCGGGUAGAUCGCCUCGUGAUGUUUGUCAGCGGUGUCGCGGCCUGCGGCGCUGGCUCUACGAUGCCACUGAUGACGAUUGUUUUCGGAUCGUUGAUUGGGAAAUUCUCGGACCGCACCGACGCCUCGCAGCAACUGUCCUCCUUUUCCAGCGACGUCAGCAGCCUGUGCCUCUACUUUGUCUACGUUGGCGUGGGCGGUCUCGUCUGCUACAGUCUGUUCCUCGCCGGCUUCACGUGGACCGGCCAGCGGAUUGCGCAGCGGAUGCGCGCGGCGUACCUCGCGGCGCUGCUGCGGCAGAACGCGGCCUUUCUGGACGCCCUGGGCACGGGCGCGGUCACGACGCAGAUCACGGCCGACAUGAACGCGGUGCAGGAGGGCGUCUCGCAAAAGGUCGGGCUGAUCGUGCAGGGCGUGGCCACGUUUGUCAGCGCCCUCGUCGUGUCGUUUCUGCGCAGCUGGCGCCUGGCCCUCGUCAUGCUCAGCCUGCCGGUGGCCGUCACCGCCUUCAUGGUCGUCGUCGGCGUGCGCAUGAAGGGCGCGCAGGGCGCGGCCCUCGCGCGAUUUGCGGACGCGGCGUCGUUUGCCGAAGAGGCCAUCGCGUCGAUGCGCACGGUGGCCGCGUACGGCGUGCAGCGGAGGUUUGCGCGGCGCUACGACGCGGCCCUCGCGCCGGCCCUGCGCGCCGACGUCCGGGCCAAGAGCUGGCUGGGCGUCUUGAUCGGCGGCAUGAUGUGCAUGAUGCUGUCGUCGUUUGCGCUGGCCUGUUGGGCGGGCCACCUGUUCCUGGCGGCCGGCCGCAUCACGACGGCGCAGAUUGUCACCGUGCAGUUUGCCAUGAUGACCGGCGCCGUGCUCUUUGGCAACAUCGCGCCGCAUCUGCAGGCCGUGGGACUCGCCGCCACCGCCGCCAACCGCAUCUUUGCCGUCAUCGACCGCACGCCCACCAUCGACGCCGACGCCCCCGACGCCGUCACGCCCGACCGCCUCGACGGCCACAUCGAGUUCCGCGCCGUCCAGCUCGUCUACCCGGCGCGCAUCGGCCAUCUAGUCCUCGACAGCAUCUCGCUCGACGUGCCUGCGGGGUCGACCGUGGCGGUGGUCGGACCCUCGGGGUCCGGCAAGUCCAGCCUCGUGCAUCUUCUGCAGCGGUUCUACGCGCCGCUGCGCGGCCAGGUCCUGGUCGACGGCCGCAACAUCGAGGACGUGCGUCUGCGGUGGCUGCGGUGCAAGAUGCGCAUGGUCAGCCAGGAGCCGUUCCUCUUUGACGCGACCGUCUUCGACAACAUUGCCUACGGCCUCGUCGGCACCGAGCACGAACACGCCGGCCACGCGGCCAAGCAAAAACUGGUCGAGGACGCGGCCAAGGCGGCCGACGCGCACGAGUUCAUCCUGCAGCUGCCCGCGGGCUACCAGGCGCGCGUCGGCGCGGUCGGCGGGCGCCUGAGCGGCGGCCAGCGCCAGCGCAUUGCCGUGGCCCGCGCCGUCGUGAGCCGCCCCCAGAUCCUCCUGCUCGACGAGGCCACCGCCGCGCUCGACACCAAAUCCGAGGCGCGGCUGCAGGCGGCGCUCGCGCGCAGCGGCCGCGAGACGCGACGCACCACCAUUGUGAUUGCCCACCGCCUGUCGACCGUCCGGCACGCCGACACCAUCGUCGUCAUGGAGCACGGCGUCAUCACAGAACAGGGCACGCACGCCGACUUGCUCGCCAAGGCGGGGACGUAUGCCUCGCUCGCCGCCGCCCAGGACCUCGACGACGAUGCCGCUGCUCGGCAAGGCACAGACGUGGACAGGGGAAGCGGACGCGCUGCGGCCGGUGGUGAAAAGGUCCAAGCGGCUGCGCCUACAGCUGCGGCUGCGGCUGCCGUGCUCCCGCAAGACACUGCCAAGACGUCGUCGACCGGCGAUCCGGACAAGGACACGGAGACCCAGGGCCUGGCGCAGCAGGUCGAGGCUGGUUCCGGCGGGGCGGCCCGCCUCGGGUCGAUCGGCUUCCUCUGGGCGCUCAACCGGCCCGAACAGACCGUCAUGGUCGUCGGCCUCGUCGGCAGCGCCGUCACGGGCCUCGCCUACCCCCUGACGGCCAUCUUCUUCGGCAACAUGGUCCUCGGCUUCACGGACCCCGGCUCGACGCUGGGCGGCUACGGCGUCGGCUUCUGGGCCGGCAUGCAGCUGCUGCUCGCCGCCGUCAUCCUCGCCGCCUUUUUGGUCCAGAACCUCGCGUUUGCCUUUGCGUCGGCGCGCCUCGUCGUGCGCGCCCGCAGCGUCGCCUUUGCCGCCAUCCUGCGCCAGGACAUGGUCUUUUUUGCGCAGCCGGACCACAGCCACAGCCACAGCAACAGCGCCGGCGCCCUCGCCGCCUUUUUGUCGGUCCAGGCCAACCGCCUCAACGGCCUCAGCGGCGCCAUCCUCGGCCACGUGCUCGGCAGCGUCUUUGCCGUCGUCGCCGGCCUCGUCGUCGCCGUGGCCUUUGGCUGGAAGCUGGGCCUCGUCGCCGCGAGUCUCAUGCCGCUCGUCUUUGCCACGGGCUUUGCGCGCUACCGCGUCCUGGCCGCCCUCGAGGCCAAGAACACGCGCGACGCCGCCGCCGCCGCCGCCGUUGUCGCCGAGGCCGUGCGCGGCGCCCGCACCGUCGCCGCGCUGGGGCUCGAGGACACCGUCGCGCAGCAGUACCGCGCGCAACUGGGCGGCGAGGCGCGCGCCGGCCGUGCGCGCGCUUUGCUGCUGGCCGUCCUGUACGGCGCCAGCCAGUCCGUCGUCGUCUUCGGCUCGGCGCUGCUCUUCUGGUACGGCGGCACCCAUCUGCUGGCCGGGCCCGACGGCUACACGGUCCAGCGCUUUCUCAUCUGCUACGUCGCUACCACGUACGCGGCCCAGGCCGCCGGCGGCAUCUUCUCGUAUGCACCGGACAUCGCCGGUGCCCAAGAGGCCGUCCGGCAGCUGCGGCGCCUGCUGGCCGCCGUCCCCGGCAUUGAUGUGGAGGCGGACGACGCCCGCGACGCCGUUGUGGAUGUGGCCGCCGACGACCUCGCCGGUGACGUCGAGCUGCGCGCCGUGGACUUUGCCUAUCCCGGCAAGACGGUUCGCGCCCUCGACCAGGUGUCUCUGCAAGCUGGCGCCGGCACCGGCGUCGGCCGUGUCGUCGCGCUGGUCGGCGCCAGCGGCAGCGGCAAGAGUUCCGUCCUCAACUUGCUCGAGCGCCUCUACGACCCGAGCGCCGGCCACGUCCUGGCCAACGGCCGGGACCUCCGCCACCUGCACCUCCAGCGCUACCGUCACCAGCUGGCCAUUGUCGACCAGGAUGCCGUGCUGUACAGUGGGUCCGUCAAGGACAACAUCAUAAUGGGUGACGUGGACGACAUGGACGACCACGGCGAUGUCGACGACGUCCGCAUUGAGCGCGCCUGCCGCGAUGCCAAUAUCUGGGACUUUGUGACAUCUCUUCCCGAAGGCAUCAACACCCGCAUCGGCCCACGUGGCAGCCAGGUCUCGGGCGGCCAAAAACAGCGCCUCGCCCUGGCCCGCGCCCUCUUGCGCAAUCCCAAAGUCCUCCUCCUGGACGAGGCCACGUCGGCCCUCGACUCCCACUCUGAACAGGUCGUGCAGCAAGCCUUGGCCACCGCCGCCGCCGGCCGCACCACCGUCGCCGUGGCCCACCGCUUGAGCUCCAUUGCCCGCGCCGACCGCAUCUACGUCUUCGAACGCGGCUCUAUCGUGGAACAGGGCAACCAUGCCGAGCUGAUGGCCAUGCAGGGCCGCUACUGGGAAUAUGUCGGCAUGCAGAAUCUGAGCAGCUGA